AUGGGAGCCAAAACGUGGUGUUUUGAAAAACCGUCUUUCUUAUCAUAAAGGUAAGCCCUUUGUCCCGCCCACCGUGGCCCCGGACCCAAUCAAAACGGGCAAGUGUUUACCAAGCUACGGCAUCGACUACACAGGCGACCUGGCCGUGACUUUGGGCGGCCACACCUGCAUGGCGUGGUCGUCGCCGGUAGCGAGGGCCCUCAGCGCGGACAAGGAGUUCAUCCCUGAGGUCAGUCUCCCAGGCAACAAGUGCCGUAACCCUGACAACGACCCAGAGGGCCCCUGGUGCUACGUGCAGGUCGCUGGAAACGUGACGAUCGACUACUGCGACCUGGAGCUGUGUGAGGAUCCAUUGGCUGAUGAUUCUCUGACAUCAGAGGCCGGGGGACAGCAGCGCUCCGUUCUGACCAAUCGGAAAACGUUCUUCCAACCUCGGACCUUCGGCCAAGGAGAGAGCGUGUGCGGAGAGCGUCCUCUGUUUGAGAAGGUUAAGAAACAGGACGCGAAGGAGGCGGAGCUUCUGGAGUCGUACCAGGAGAAACGCAUCGUUGGAGGCGACAGCGCCGAGGUGGCCUCAGCACCAUGGCAGGUGAUGCUGUACAAGCGGAGCCCCCAGGAGCUGCUGUGCGGCGCCAGCCUGAUCAGCGACCAGUGGAUCCUCACCGCCGCCCACUGCAUCCUGUACCCGCCCUGGAACAAGAACUUCACCGCCAGCGACAUCCUGGUCCGCCUGGGGAAGCACGACCGCGCCACGUUUGAGCGCGGCCAGGAGAAGAUCGUGGCGAUCAGCGAGAUCAUCGUCCACCCGAAGUACAACUGGAAGGAGAACCUGAACCGCGACAUCGCGCUGCUGCACCUGCGCCGGCCGGUGGAGUUCACCGACCGGAUCCACCCGGUCUGCCUGCCCAGCAAGAAGGUCGCCAACACCCUGAUGACGGCGGGGUAUAAAGGCCGGGUGACGGGCUGGGGGAACCUGAAGGAGACCUGGAACCCCUCGGCCCGGAACCUCCCCAAAGUCCUGCAGCAGAUCCACCUCCCGAUCGUGGACCCGGACGUGUGCCGUAGCUCCACCGCCGUCAAGACCACGGACAACAUGUUCUGUGCCGGUAACGGUCCCGGUCCCAGAGGACCUACCUGAGACCAGAUCACACCG